GUCGGGGCCCCCAGCUCUGCGCUCGGUUUGCAGGCCUUUGUGUUUCGAUUGCUGUGUUCGUGGAUCUCAGCUCCGCUCCGCUCCGCUCCGCUCCGCUCCGCUCCUCGCCGCUGCUGGUUGGCAGACUUUCUUCCCAACUCCUGCGCGACCUGCUGCGACAGCAAGCAGCUCACUCCUGGUGCUUCUCUCUCCAGGAGCCAGAGGCCCUCCGGAAGCAGAAGGCAGCUCUGCAGCCCUACAGAGGGGCAGGAUUCUUCCAGCCAUGAAGCAUAUGCUGAACCUCUACCUCUUAGGUGUGGUGCUGACCCUGCUGUCCAUCUUCGUUAGAGUGAUGGAGUCCCUGGGGGGCUUACUGGAGAGCCCAUUGCCUGGGAGCUCUUGGACCACCAGAGAGCAACUAGCCAACGCAGAGCACCCCAAGGCCCUUCCAGACCACCCGUCCAGAGGAGUGCGGUAGGAAGACCUCCCUCUGUGCCGACCAGACCUUGGAAUGCUGACCUAAACCCGUCCACGCUGAUGUUUCCAUUUCCUAGCAGGCAAGCUCGGCACCAGCAUUACCAGAGAACCGUUCUUAAGCCUUGAGGGGGCUCCCUUACUAGAAGCUCCUUGCCCUGAAAAGAGAUCUGUUUAAAGCACAGGCGUGAGUGGGUGUGAAUUGCCCGUGGCUGCGGACUGGAGGGAUCUCCUGCUUCUCCGCGGGGUCUGCUGCAAGCUUCGCUGUCCUCAGCAGUGUGGCUCUGACAUCUUAGGUGGGCCUUGUGCUCCAGUUUCAGCUGCUGGGAGAGGGUGAUGUUUCAGCCCUAGUUCCUAAACAUCUGCCAGGGACCAGGGAAUUCUUUGGACUUGCACGUCUUAAGGUCUGUUUAUUUGAUGUUCAGCCUCCAUGAGAGCUCUGUGUUUGGAUAACAGAUGAAGAGGUGUGUGGUUUGGUGGUGGGGAGGAUGGAGUAUUUAGUAUCCAAUUCUGGUUAGUUUACAUUCUGUUUUCUUUUCAAGUUUUUGCUAUUGGGUAUAUGCGCUCGCUGGAGAGAAAAAGUGAGAAAUCACCCCUCCAGGGGGAAUGGCUAUGUAUGUUGCAGUCCCUUCUCCCUUUGGGAUUUUGGACAUCCACGCACCUCACCUGGCAUGAUUUUUAAGCCACAGAGUCCCAGACUUGAACCUUGAAGUAGCAUCCAACCACCUUACCCACCACUCCGCCAGCUGACCCUUGUUUUACAUUCUUGAAGCCUUCUAACACAGUGUGAUGACAAAGCCUGCUCAGGAAACAGACAUUAUUGCCACCAUGUGGCUUAAAGACAUUUUUCUAACGCAAUAAAGUUGACUAUAUAUUUCCACUA